GAAAGGGAAGAAAUGAAAAACAAAUGGAGAUCGUAUGUUACGAAUUUCGAGCUAAAGAACAUGGUAGACAAAUAUGGGUAGAAAUGUUUCUACACGAAACGUUUUAACGAGGUAUGGUAGGCCAAUUUGUUUCUAGAACAUUUCUUUCUACAUUUUCUAUUUCUGGUUGAAAUUGAUUGUUAGCUGCGCGCGAACUAUUCGAUGAGGACGGUAAACAAAAUACGAAAACAAAGACUGACAAUGAAUAGGAACGAAGGUAACUGGUGCGCUUUGCAUUCGCGUUCGCUCUUUGGUGUGCAGCCAGCCUACAGGCGCUCUACUAUUCAUUCGUUCACACUUUAUUUACGCUAACGUGUAGCGAUAAGGGUUUAUUAGAUUUCUAUCGGUGGGAAUCCUUCAAUCCACAAAAUCUUUUACCUUUUCGUAAUGUACAUACAUUUUCGUCUGUUUUCCUCUUAGUAUGGUUAAAUAAAAAUUUGGGUAUGCCCAGAUUUGAACAGAUAUGAUUUGUCUAUGUUCCAUAAGCAGUAUUCGAUCAACGUCUGGUAUUCCGGUAUUUCGCCUGACCGAUGCUAUUCUCGAUUCUGGCAUAGUAGCACAGUCGCACGACCGUUUAUUUGCUCCUAAAACUAAGGUGAAAUGGUAGGUAGUAGGUAAUAGGUAGACGGCUACCGGUAAAUGUGAAAAGAGCGUGAAAAUUAAUUUUUUUUUACGUGUACGUAAGCGAUGUCAUAACAAUUCUUUAUCGUAUUCGUACUUUUUAAUACUAUUUUUUUUUUUUUUUUUUAAUAGCUGUUCGACCGCGUCGCGUCGCUUUGCGUCGCGUCGUCGACUCGUGCGAAUUGUGUGUAUGAAUCGCUCGAGGCUGCUUUAACCGAUGCCGUACCGAAAUAACACAACUUUGCUGAACGCGAAGGCGGUAUACGCGAAAUAUAGCCAUGUAUAUUUUCUCACGGAGAAUUUCGAGACAAUCGCAUUUUUAGAACGCGAGACCAAUCGCCUCCCACUAGAAAAUUUUUAACAAACGUUAACUUUUGAUUGAUCGCAUACCUUCGAAUACCUACGUACCUACAAUUACCGUAGACGCGUUCUAGCUUUCAGUUUAUAAUUUCGAACGAUAUACACGUAUAAUUACAUUCGUGAAAAAUUACGUUAGACGCUCGAUCGUAACCGAUAUUCGAAUGGAAAGGUAGACAGUUUAAGGUAAACGGUUUAACUAUCGGUAUUCGAAUAAAAAUCACAUAUGAGUAAUUCAGGGUAAUCGGAUGGCAGGAACGUGAUAAAUGAGAGUCAAGGUCUGGUACGUAUGUAUGUAUGUAUAUGUAUAUUACGAUAGAAUGCAACACAAUACAAUACAAUGUUUUUUGUACGCGAAGAGACAGUGUCCGCGAUCGGUUCGAUUCAAGACGGCCAGUUAGGAGAGGGAGAGGAUCGAGAAGAGAAGGAGGCGAUGGAAGAAAAAGGAACACCACGCUAGUGGUGUCAGUCCAAUGCCAGUGGAACGCGACGAUUCGUGUUCUUCAUCUGGCUCGUUCGAGAGAACUUGGGUUACCGGUUCGUUCAUCGACUCUUCUCGUUCUUCUUUGGACCGCGGGAUAAAUUUUACACGAUCAUCGUUUAUAGUGCUCUGCAUGGGAGGGACCGUGGAAUCGUCCACGGUAUUACACCCGUAUCGAUUCUUUCCGCCUUAUCGAACCGUUCGCCCGUUCCUUGUGUUCGAUCUCGAUCGACGCGCCGAUUCACCACCGUCACCACCGCCGUUGUUACCAUCACCACCGCCACUGCCAUUGCCACCGCCACCGCCACCGCCACCGCCACCGUUAUCACAGUCGUCGCCGUAAUCAUUCUACUUUACGCCAGCUUCGUGUACCCAUCUUCUUACUCGGCACCAACUUUUCAUUGCCUUUUCUUAUCAUCCAGUCCCCCUCUUGUUUGGAGCAAUGAAAUGGAAUCUCGACCAUUCUACCAAUUUGCUGUCGAGGAAUGUAGGCGACGAAAGUACGGACCAGAACAAUAAUAUAACUAUGACGAGUGAGGAUUUGUUACAGCCUGGCCAUGUGGUCAAAGAACGCUGGAAAGUUGUUAGAAAAAUAGGAGGCGGUGGAUUCGGUGAGAUUUAUGAAGGCCUAGAUUUAAUGACGAGGGAACAAGUCGCGUUGAAAGUUGAAUCCGCGCGUCAGCCAAAGCAGGUUCUUAAGAUGGAAGUCGCAGUAUUAAAAAAACUUCAGGGAAGAGAACACGUGUGCCGUUUCAUCGGUUGCGGUCGCAACGAUCGAUUUAAUUAUGUUGUGAUGCAGUUACAAGGCAAAAAUCUUGCAGAGUUACGUCGUGCUCAACCACGAGGUGCUUUUUCCCUCUCCACUACUCUUCGUUUAGGGGUUCAAAUUCUCAGGGCGAUAGAAAGCAUACAUCAAGUAGGCUUUCUUCACAGAGACAUCAAGCCGUCAAAUUUUUCAAUCGGACGACUUCCGCAGAAUUCGAGGCUAGUAUACAUGUUAGACUUUGGUCUAGCUCGUCAAUUUACGACAGGCACCGGUGAAGUUCGGCCACCUCGCAGUGCAGCAGGAUUCAGGGGUACCGUCCGGUAUGCGUCCGUGAAUGCGCACAAAAACAAAGAAAUGGGCAGGCACGAUGAUUUGUGGUCGCUAUUUUAUAUGCUAGUAGAAUUUGUCAACGGACAACUUCCGUGGCGGAAAAUAAAGGAUAAGGAGCAGGUGGGUCUCAUGAAAGAGAAGUACGAUCAUCGCUUACUCUUGAAACAUCUUCCAUCGGAUCUUCGAGUUUUUUUGGAACACAUUCAGAGUUUGGAAUACGCGGAUAAACCGGACUAUGCGAUGCUAGCUGGCUUAUUCGAACGGUGCAUGAAACGUAGAGGCGUGAAAACGAACGACCCUUACGAUUGGGAAAGACCAUUGAUGGCCAACGAAAGUUUACCAACUACGAGAUCUUUGCCUACGGUUACCGUACCUCCGGUCUUGACCACAGCGACCACAAUCAAUCAACCACCGACUACACCAAACGUUGACACAAACAAUCAAGAAAACGUCGAACCCGACAACAGAAAGGAGUUAGAUGCACAAAUGGAUUACGAAAGUAUGUGCAGGAGAAAUAAACAACGCGGGGUGGAAGGAUCCGCGGUGCCGUUUACGUCAGCUAUCAGCAAUCACGGUCGAGAUAAGAACUGUAACGCUACGAUACCUACGAUGGACAAUACUCAUCAGCAAACAGGACAGCAAACUGUUCUUCCGCCGACGGCUCAAGGUUCACCGAAAAAGCGGCGUGCCGUUUCGAUGGCUGCAGAACCACAAACGGGUGUGGUGACAUCGGAAAAGCCGGUCGACAACGAAGGAGACGCAUUGAUGGCGUCUGCUCGUUCCGCUUCCGAAGUUCCCCGCAAUAAAAUUGGCGCGAAUGCUGCAGCGCCGUUAAGAAAAUCAGCCAGCGGCGCAACAUUCGCUCGAUUACGGGUAACGCCUGCUCCGGACACGACACCUGGUGAACCACCUAGUCCUCGAGUGCAGACCGAAGUCGACGCUUCGUAUUGUUCCUACGACGUUACCAAUCAAAAAUACGUUGGCAAUCAAAGCCCUGUCACGGAACAAAGAGAACCACUGAAAAGAGAACCACGAAGAAGGACAGACGGCCGGCAGCAAGCAAGAGCUAGCCGUGCUGCGAUAAAAGACUGCUCCAUCACCCAAUUUGCGCAGAUAGAUGACGACAACGUAUCGGCGUUGCAACAAGUAACCAAAGGCGGUGGUGGCUUGACAUUGGCCUCUCAGUGGAAAUCGCAGUUCGAUGACUCCGAAGAGACCGACAACGAAUGGAAAGGAGAAAAUUUACAGAGCCCCGAGCACAAAGGUGCCAACUUGCCAGCUAUAGUUCCACAGUCGACAGUUGUCAGUGAUGCUGUGACUACCGCAUCUUCAGUGCCUGCUUCUAUCGACGCGAAAACAGUGGUGGUUCAGUCUGCCGCGUCGGUUGUGUCUCAUCAGCAUUCACUAAUACCGACCGCCCUAUCUCGAAUAAGCGAAGAUUCUCCAAAACCUACGGCUCUUCACAGAUGUUUAAACAUUGCCGGUAUCGAGAAAUAUCCAGAACUUCAGGGAGCACUGCCACGCGCAUGGAGCGUUCCAGCGUUGGCGCCGCAUGUUCGUGGUUAUCUCGAAGCACCGUUGGUUCAACAAGCGGCGUUCGACGAUUUGUUGUACGAAGUCGAUGUCAUGAGAAAUAUCGCUACGCGUUACGAUGAACCGAGACAAAGUCCUCCGCCACGGCGAGCAAGCGUACCAGCGGUUGCUUUCUCACCGCCUAACACGAUGCCUAGUACGCCCGGGGGGGAAGAAGAAGAAGAAGCAGUAGCAGGAAGGUUGGAGAUAAGGGUAGUCGAUGCGACAGGUGGCGCUACCGUUGUUCAAACCACCGCUGAUAGAGAACCGUUACAAAGAAAAAUGACAAACGGUACAGCGGAUAGUCUAGCUAGUCCUAAUCCAGGACCGGAGGAACCAUCGAUAUACGAUGAUGCCAUUGAAAAUCGGGUAGCCGUCGAUGCUGCCGUGCAUAAGGAGAACAGUACUAUCACUGCCUCGACCACUAUACCGAAUAUAGUACAGCUUCGUGAAUUUAAGGACAAUAAAGAAAAGGAAACUCCGUGUAGGACCUAUAACACUGUCAGUAAAAUACCGAUUCCGGUUAAAAGUCCUAGAUGUUCGCUAUCAGAGUCCACUCCAGAAACGAAUACUCAGAAUACCAGGACAUGCUUGGGAAACGAAAUAGAAAAAUCGUCCACACCCGCGGCUAUAACCAGGGAAAAAGAUGCUACUAUCAAAGGCAAACCCUUGACAGUGCAUUGGGAGGCCCGGGAACUACGACGCUGCGCAACUUUGCCUGACGCACGACCGACCUUUUCACCUCUAAUGUCGGCUAACUUGACGGAAGAUGAGAAUUUAACUGGAUGCACUCCUGCAUUACGUCGCCGAAGACAAAGCGAGAAAUACGUAACGGAUGCUAGUCAACUAAAUUUACGGUUCCAAAGACCGCAACACAGAAUCAGGCCGAAUUCCGAAGUACUGUCCAGAUGUUCUCCUAGAGGCGUGCCUUCGCAUCUAUUGGGAGAAGCCGCUAAACGAACCGAAGAGAGCAGCGAUAACGAUUCCGAUAGCAGUAGCCCGCCGAAUGCUCAACCUCCGCCACCUCCCACCUCCUUGCCGCCUCAUGUUGCAGAAAAUAAUGCUAGAUGCCGUAGAUUUCGACCCAUACCAGAUACAACAAUAGCUAGCAGAGAAUCGUGAGGUACGCCACUUAUGGAAAGGAAACCAAGUGUUUGUUUAGAUUACGAUCAUCGCAGCUUCGUAAUCUGCUCGUUCGAUACUUACUACUUCUUUCUACGUAGGUGAAAGAAAGUAUCAGUUUAUCGGCGAUCAAGUGUAAACCAUAUAAAACUUGUUGAAACUUUCAAACUUAUCAAAAACCUUGAUACGUGGGGAACCUUUGUUUUCUUGAAUAGAGCAAUUUCGAUUGUUCAAAGAUAUUACAGAUUUAGGAAAAGUUACUACGACUUUAUAAUUACGAUACAUUUUCAUCAUUUUUCUGCAUAUUGUAUUUUAGAAAUAUUUCCGAUCCAGUUCAUUCGUCCGCUUAUUAUUUAUUUUCGUUACAAAGCUAUCGUAAAGCGAUGGUCACAUAAAUUGAUGGUACUUGAAAGAUUACACUUUCUAAUCUAUAAACGAUAUGCGUUUGUUGAUCCGACAAAUAUUGAUGCGUAAAUCGUGUACGUUAACAAUUGCAGCUACGAUACACAAUUGAGGCGGCUCGGUUGUAGAAUAAUUGUCAGGGAGAUUUUGUUUAUAGCAAGAAAGUUUUUAGUAUGUUUUCGUUUGUUUCUUCUUCCUCGUCUUCUUUCAUUUUUUGUCAAUCGAUUAUGAUGUUAUCUUCGUCGGUUACUCGCUCGAUCGAAGUAGAGCAAUUUCGUAUACAAAUUCAAAUUGUCGACAAUAGAUAUUGUAUUCCAUUUAGAGUUUUGAACACGAGUCAUAGGCGAGAAUUAUCUUUAAUCGGAGUGCUCGACUAAAUAGAUCUCUUUGAAAAACCACCGUCAUAGUUGAGAAAUAUUGUUCAGCAACAAUAUCAGCAAUGGCAACGACGAAAGUCGUAACGAUAAAAGCAACAGUUGCAUUAUUAACGGUAAAUCACGUAUCGCGUGAUAGGGAAUCGCUUGUAUUAAAGCGACGAGAGAAAAAAGAAAAGAUGAAUCCAGUUAAAAUGAGAAAAUACGUUUUAUUUACGCGUGCAACUCUCCAAUCGAUUUAAGACGUUUAUUGUCAUCGAGUUCUAUGCGACGAAACAAGGUGCGAAUGAAUAAGUACUUGAAAAAGUUCUAGUUAGGUAAUAUAUUGUAUAAUUAACGCGUAUCUGUCUUGCACUUACCGGUAACGUGAUUUUUCCAAACAGUUACGAAUCCGCAGUCGAAAGAAAACCUAGUGAUGCAUAAAACUAGUCAAAUAGAAUCCUUUAGUAUUCUAUUAUCGAAACCAAAUUUCCGCAUAGAGUUAUACAUAUUGUACUUGUACAAAGUAGUUAAGGUUUUAUUUUGUGCAAUGGUCGAAAAUAACAUUAACGAUGCGAUGAAAUAGCUUUAAGUCGGAGUCGGAAACUUUAUUUUGCGACAUAAAAUAUGUGCAAACUAUCCGAACGAAAAAUACCAAAUUACCGUAAAUAUAUGAGCAACUGUACGGAUUGGUAUGAAUGAGUCCAUAAGAUUGGUAUGAAUUUCUGUACGUAUAUACGCUUUCCCGUAUAUUCCUACACGAUCCUCGAACGCUCGUUUGAGAUUACGCAAAACUUUAUGUGCAAACAUACAUAAAUUAUAAAGCUAUUAUGAAAAAGUGAAAACAAUGAACAUUGUGUAAAUCGAUAAUGGAUCUGUAAUCGAAGAUCAUAUGUACGUUUGAAUGUAAACAAACACGCAUAAUACAGCUCAUUGGACGUAUCUCUUA